CUUUACGCUCUAUCUCUAUCUCUCCAAAUCCUCCCAUGGCACCUACAGCAGUCUACACUCAAAAGGACUCCCCGUCGUCGUCCCAGCCGUCGUCCAAAGGCCCCGCUUUGGCCAUUGGCUCUCUAGAGACGGCCCAAGACGGCAAAUACCAAUCCUUAAUCACGGAACUGGAGGCGACGAGACAGGUCGAUAAGCUUCUCCUCGAUAGGCUGGUCGAUGGAGCAACCACCCUGGAACCUUCAAAGUACAACUCGGUGCACGUAACCCUGGCCAGUUCCGAUUACCAAUCUCUUCAAGAGUCGACCCUACGCUCGUUGUUGACCCAGUUGUUGACGGGUUUGACGCCACUUGGGACCCUACACCUGCUCAAUCUGACCGAUGGACUAAAGACGUUGCCCAGUGAGCUAACGCUUUCAGGGUUUUUGGUUCUCUCCGCUGCAGGCGAGAACCCGGGCGACUCUAUUGUUGCCCAGAAACCUGCGCACGCCAUUGGUGCAUCUGUUUCCCUCAAGAAACGCGGCAGUGCUACCACUACGUCGACCACCGCCUUUGUCACGACUACUACGACUACCUCUACCUCGACGACGACUGCUACGGUUACUUCUGCUCCAUCAGUCCCAUUGUUGCUCCGUAAACGAGGGGACCCGGCAAAGAAGAAGGCCUUGUGGGCCCUCACCACCGACGCUUCUGCUUCCCCUUCAACUAAAAUUGACGCGGAUGCACUCCUCACCGCAGAAGACAAAGCCCGUCCAGUACCCACAUGCGCCCCCGUCGACCGUAGCGCUCCUCGGCGGAAGAAGGCAUGCAAGAACUGUUCGUGCGGUCUCGCCGAGCUCGAAGAGGAGGAAAAGAGAAAUGCGCCAGUUGUGGUGAUUGACUCUAGCAUAGACGGCGAAGGUGGUGCAAAGGCAGUGGACAAGGCAGAACGGGAGAGGCUGCUCGAAGCGGCCAAGAACGCCCCAAAGGCCACCAGCAGUUGCGGGAGCUGUUUCCUUGGGGAUGCGUUCAGGUGCGCUGGGUGCCCGUACCUUGGUCUGCCUGCGUUCAAGCCUGGGGAAAAGGUGGAGAUUGAUUUCGGGAUGGACGACUUCUAAGCGAGCGAAUUCUCGGCCUAAGGAAAUGGGGUUCGUUUCGGUGCAAUGAAGUCGAGGAAUGAAACAAUGGAGGCGUGUAGGGGACCUUUUACUCAAGCCGUUAGCCGCGUUUUCUUGGUUUAGGGCAUGCCGUCUAGUCCUUUAUGGAUCUAGAACACUCGGAAAGCGGACCACAAGAUAUCUUCCACUCGAAACACCCUGGGGUUUCCCCCAAUUACACCUAUCUCAGCCCGUCGGCUGUACAUAAACGCUACUCACUCACCGUUGGGACCUUUCCCUUUAUUGGAACCUCACACCCGGUUUUACUCAUAGUCGCUUCAUGUUGUUGCUUGCUUGCUCGUGUUCCCGUGCUUACCACUACUGAAUGGAUUAUGUCGUCUUGUGUUCAAGGUGGCGUCGUAAACCAUUCGAAACUAGGGCCUGUAGUUCAAUGUGACCUAUUCUGUCGUAUUUUCGUUUCUGUCCUGUCGCUUUACAUUCGUUACUAUAGCCCUCGGAAGGAGACUAUCCUCCCGUUAAAUGACACGUUCUCUUUUUUUUCCUCGUCGUUUUCUUGUAUUAUUACCAUUUAGAUAGGUAUUUAUGUUAUUGAAUUGCGGUCU